GCGGGAGCAGCCAAACGUGGCCCUUGGCACCGACCGCAUCGAUCGUCGCAAGAGCCGCUGCUCCCAGUGCGCGCGGGAAACCCAGCAGGCAUGCAGGAGCACCACAAGCCGCUGCGCGCGUACCGCGCCAUCUCCCUGGCCGCCUUCCUCUGCCUGCUCGUCGCCUUCAUCCUCCAGCUCCUCGUCUCCCUCUCGACCCCCAUCAUCAAGUCCGUCUACCUCGUCCGCGUCGAGAGCACGCAGGAACAGGAAGUCGUCACGAGCAUCGCGACAGGGCUGCGCUUUGGCGUCUGGGGAGUCUGCGCGAAUAGCGAGCUCGAUGAGGAACAAUGGUACACGAACACGGGCUACGGCAAAUGCUUCGGGCCCACCCUCGGCUACGAGGUGCCCACGCCGCUGUCGGACGCCCUUGGCAUCUCCGCCUCGCUCACGGAGAUCGUCCUUCAAGGCCUCCUCGUCGUGCUGGUCCUGCACCCCAUCACCUGCGCGUUCACAUUACUUGCCCUUAUACCCGCCCUCUUCCUCGCCUCCCACGCCCUUUCCGUCGUCGCACUCGUUCUCUCCGUGGUCGGCGCUCUCGUGGGUACGACGUCGUUCGCGUUCGACGUUGCCAUCGCGGCGAACGUCAAGUUCCAGCUUGACGACCUUACGGAAGUCAACGCGGCGGCAUACUAUGGAAGCGCGGUCUGGAUGGUGCUUGUGUCCAUAGUAUUGACAUGGGCGGCGGUCGUCUUGCUUUCUGCCCGCUCAUGUUAUUGCUUGGGUGUAAGGAAUGUCGAAGACUUAGACUACCGGGCAAAGCAAAAGGCUUUCGAGAUGGAGCGACGCGAAAGUCAAUGAAGCUCGUACCCAUAGCCGUUCUCAUAUCUUAUCGCAUACCUCACGACCUAUCAUGUUCAUGUCUGGAUAUCGGAAGUUCCCUCAUUCGAUCGUCUGUAGUUAUCGCUUUCUUGCUUUAUGUUCAAGGGUUCGGAACAUCA